GCAUGGGGUGCUGAAAUUUGAGAUUCCGGCCUUCGUGGGAGGAGGCUGGAAAGAGAGACAGAGACAGAGACAGGAAGAGACAGUUGGGUUGGGUUGGUUUUCUGCAGCAGGCGGCCUGGGGGGGCGUGUGUGAGUCUGUGAGUGUGUGAGUGUGUGUGCACAUGUCUGUGGGUUGUUUUCUUUCCUGCGCCCUCACAGGGAGGCCGGGUCCCCCUGGGUAAUAAGGGCUCUCAGGCCCCUACGCACAGCAAGGCUGGUGCACAGACAGGAUAGCAAGAGGGCCCGAGAGAGGAAGGAAGGGAAAGGGGAAGAAUAGAGGUGAGGGAGAGCGGGAGCGAGCAGGGCGGUGGGCGGAGCUGAGCAGCUGUGGCAUCUGGAACAAGUAUAAAUAGCUGUCUGGGUGGAGCUUGGCCAAACAGGGGUUUGCAGCUGCAGCGGUUCUAGGGCAGACCUGUCCACUGCUGGCCACAGAGGGGACACCCGGGCACAGAGCGGGGCCGGGGGGGCUCUGACCAGACACCCCUCACCAUCACCACAUCUCCGGAUGCUCUCCUGGCCCUCCAUGCUGCUGGGGGGCCUCCUCCUCACCGUGGCCACCCUGACCGUGGCCCAGCGGAGGGGGCAGGAGGUGAGAGAGCGCCGCCUGGCGCAUCGCGUCCAGCAUGGCCAGUGCAGCUACACCUUCCUGCUGCCCGAGCCGGAGGCCUGCGCUCCAGAGACUGGGGGGACCUUCAGGGGCUCCAACAGCCUCCAGAGGGACUCACUGAACCUAGUGGCCUGGCCUACCAAGCGGAUGCAACACCUGGAGAAGAUGCUGGAGAACAACACGCAGCGGCUGCAGAAGCUGGAAAGGUACAUCCAGACAAACUUGAGGUUGCAGCUGGCGCAGGCACGGCAGCACAUGGUCCAGAACCAGACGGCCGCCGUGCUGGAGCUGGGCACCAGCCUCUUGAACCAGACCACCGCCCAGGCCCACCGGCUGACUGACAUGGAGGCUCAGGUACUGAACCAGACAUCAAGAAUGGAGAUCCAGAUGCAGGAGACCUCACUGUCCACCAACAAGCUGGAGAAGCAGCUGUUUCUACAGGGCCUUGAGCUCCACCGGCUACAGGACUACAACAGCUUUAUCGAGCUACAAUUUAUGUACCAUACAACUUACCCUGUAAAUCUUCAUUUGAUUUAUUUAUUUGUAAAAAUAAUAAAUCUGAUCUCAUUCACCAAUUUCCCUUCCCAGAAGCAAGCACAGUUAGUUACCAAUUUCCUGUCUGCACGGUUUGCAGCUGAGCGGGUGUUCCAGGACUGUGCAGAGAUCCAGAGCUUCGGGGCCAAUACCAGUGGCGUCUACACCAUCCACGUGGCCAAUAUGACAGAGCCCAGAAAGGUUUUCUGUGACAUGGAAGCCAAUGGAGGUGGGUGGACCCUCAUUCAGCGCCGUGCAAAUGGCAGCGUGAAUUUUCAGCGGAACUGGAAAGAUUAUAAGCAGGGCUUCGGUGACCUGGCUGGGGAGCACUGGCUGGGCAACGAGUUGGUGCACCAUCUCACCAGCAGGGCUGCCUACUCUCUGCGUGUGGAGCUGCAAGACUGGGAAGGCAACGAGGCCUAUGCCCAAUAUGAGCGUUUCCAGCUGGGCAGCGAGGGGCAGCUGUACAGGCUUUCUCUGAGCGGGUACAGUGGCUCGGCGGGGCCCCAGAGCAGCCUGGCCCUGGAGGGCACCAACUUCAGCACCCGAGACGCAGACAACGACAACUGCCUGUGCAAGUGCGCCCAGAUGCUGUCCGGAGGGUGGUGGUUUGACGCCUGUGGCCUCUCAAACCUGAACGGCAUCUACUACCCAGCUGGCCGCCACCUGCGCAAGCUCAACGGCAUCCGCUGGCACUACUUCCAGGGCCCCAGCUACUCGCUGCGGGCCACUCGCAUGAUGGUGCGUCCCAUCGGCACCUAACAGCAGCCUCGCACGAAGGCUGGGCCACAGGAGGAGACAGGACUUGCUACCCUGGGCAAGCUGGGCCCCAGCACAGGACACGGUGCCAGCGCCUGGACACCUGGAUCCCCCGAGCCAGCCCUCCUCGCCCCACGAGUCCCCAAGAGUCAGCUGCCUUGCUUCCCUGUCGUCCUCAAGUUGUGACAUGGGGGGCGUUUGGGGGUUCCUGUCUCUGCAGGACCCCUCUUUUCUCCAGUCUUCUGCAGGGGCCCCUGCCAACUUGAGGGUCUCAAUACCCUGAAUGAGCUGAGAACAGACACCUUGGCUCCUCCAAGGAAUGCCUGGCUAGGGAGGGAAUUUCAGGCAGGUGGGAGGGUAUCUGCAGGCAGGAAAGUGCUCAGAUGGAGCCCCAGAUUCUAGCCCCAGGGUUGGUGGGAAGGCCAGUGCCUGUUCCAAGCCUUCUCAGCCUUGAGCUGUCCUUGAACUGUCCCAGGCUGAAAGGCCUGCAUCUACCCCAUAACAGGAAUCAUUAUUUCCACCCCACACUGCCCAUCACUCCCGGGCCCCAGCAUCUGGAACUCAACCCUGGUCUCUCAAGGGUUCCAGGAGAUCUAACAGAGAUUUCUUUACCCCCAGCAGGUUCCAGAAUAUGUUCCACAGAGAAUAACUCACACUUCCCUCUCAAAGUACCUCUGGUCAAGUGAGAGAGGAGAGCGCCAGGUUAAGUCAGUGUCGACAGGCAUUCUUAGCUGCAGGACUUGUCAGAGCCUAUACUGUGGUCAUGUACUCUGUGACUGCCCGUGAAGGGGCUGGAGUGGGCAGCUUUCUCCAAAUGUGCUUAUUUGAAAAUGGGCUCUGUUUCUCGCAGAGCAUCUCUCGGGGCGGUGGAUGCCUCUGGAAAAAGCUAGUCCUCAAGUGUCAUGAGGAGGAGCCCCAGGGCGCCAUCUCCCACCCCCAGCGACUCAUCCUUUCUGGCUGCAAACGCCACAGUGAAGGUCUCACGUAGUCUCUAAAACAACUGGAAAGAAAUGUUGGAUUAAAACAGACACACACCAUCCCUGAGUUUCCUGUCUGCUAUGGACCAGUGAUCUCCCAGGCUCCUUCUGGCCCCAGGAAGCCAGCUCUCUGCCUAGGGCUGCCCUCAGCACUCCCUGUAAGCCCAGCUCACCCUCGCUCAAGUACAGGCAUUACCAGGGACUGUCCACACUGCCGUGGGCAGGACACCAAUCUGCAGGUCCAGAUCCUCCCAGGUCUAAGCCAGAACCCCUAGCCCUCUCCUCCUGCCCCGUCCAACAUGAUGUUACAGCUGGGGGUCUGGGAGACCAGGGACUCCCCAUGAGCUUCUUUCAGAGGACAAGGUCAGAGAGGAGC